GUAGGGGCUGCUACAGUAAUCUCGCCCUCUUUUUCCCCUUCUUUCUUCUUUUAAAGUUCAUUACCAUCACCAGAGGCGCGUCGUAGGGGUUAAUCUAGCACCGAGUUGGGGAGCGUCAGGGCGCGCACAGUGGACUGGUUGUGUCGAUCACUCCCGCAGAGGCGAUGCCCUUUUGUGGAGAGGUCUCUUGUCACACAGAGGACAGACGGUAUUCACAAUCGGGACACAGGGACACAAAGAGAAGAACUGCAUUUUAAAAGGCUCCAUUCUUUCCCCGCAACCGCUGGGUGUUGACUGUGGGUGUUUGAGAGGAUCUUUGUUGCCUGGAGAAAAGUAGAGAAGAAGAAUACGCGCCGUGAACGGGUUGGGGGAUUUUUUUUUUUAUGGACAAGGUUACUACAGUGCAGCCGAUGGUGUCAUCCACUCCACCUACGUUCCCACUGUGUUGUUUUGGAUGAGGAGCUGAACUUUUACGCAUUGUUUUAGACACUGAUUGUCCGAGACACUUGUCAGGAUGAACUUUCUCUCCGCGGUACCUGCGGGGUAGCGCUUUGAGUCGGAUCAGUAACUUCAGCGAGAGGUAUUUUUGUGGAUAUUUGCAGAAAAGAUGCCAAUUGAUAAAUUCGCAAAUAUGGAGGAAAAACUGUGGAUACUGGAGGACCUCAAUAUGAUGUACAUCCGUCAGAUUGCGCUCAGUUUACAGGACAGCGACAUUCAGAAAAAAAUUGACCAUGAGAUCCGGAUGCGCGACGGAGCCUGCAAGCUGCUGGCCGCCUGCUCUCAGAAAGACCAGGCGUUGGAGGCGGCGAAGAGCCUGCAGACCUGCAGCACUCGCAUCAUGGCCUACAUGUCAGAGCUGCAGAGAAUGAAGGAGGCUCAGGUCAUGCAGAAGGUCACGCGGAGGUCGUCAGAUGCAGGGCCGAUGGAUGACAGACUCCCGUGCAAAGGAAAAGUGGCCAUCUCAGAUCUUCGGAUCCCUCUCAUGUGGAAAGACACAGAGUACUUCAAGAACAAAGGAGAGCUCCAUCGGUGUGCAGUGUUCUGCCUGCUGCAGCUGGGAGGAGAGAUCUUUGACACAGACAUGGUGAUAGUGGACCGAACACUCACUGAUAUUUGCUUCGACAACACCAUCGUAUUUAAUGAAGCCAGCCCUGGUUUUGAGCUGCGCGUUGAGCUGUAUAGCUGCUGCUCGGAGGAUGACUACUCAGCAGGGAGCACGCCCAGGAAACUAGCCAGUAAACUGAGCUCCUCACUAGGGCGAUCAGCUGGGAAAAAGCUCCGGGCAGCCAUGGAGCCUGGGCCAUGUAGUCCUGUUAGCAAUGGAGGGGCAGCUCCUCUUCUGCUGCCAGUUCCCUCUGUACCGGGCCCCAAGUACCACCUCUUAGCUCAUACCACCCUGUCACUGUCACACGUCCAGGACAGCUUUCGCACACACGACCUCACCAUCUCAGGCAACGAAGAGUGUUCGUAUUGGCUGCCACUUUAUGGCAGUAUGUGCUGCCGCCUCGCAGCUCAGCCUCACUGCAUGACCCAACAGAUGAUGAGUGGAUGCUUGAAAGUUAAGCAGUUGGGAGGUGACCCUCAGAGUUGGACAAAAGUGCACGCGGUUUUGAAAGGAACAAGCCUUUUCUGCUACCACCGGCAAGAAGAUGUAGAGGCGAACAUCGAGCCAGCUUUCACCAUUGCCAUCAACAAGGAGACCAGAAUACGUGCAUCAGAGAAAGACCUGCAAAGUAAAGUUCAGAAUAUCUGUAUCAGCAACCAGUACGGAGGUGAGGAGGUCACACACACACUGACAACAGACAGCCGGGAGGACACACACAGGUGGAUGGAGGCCUUUUGGCAACAUUUCUAUGACAUGAGCCAGUGGAAACAGUGUUGCGAUGACUUAAUGAAAAUUGAGCUGCCAUCACCAAGGAAACCAGCGCCUGUCACACCAAAACAGGGCUCACUCUAUCACGAAAUGGUUAUUGAGUCAUCUGAUGACCUCAGCAGCACUGUGUCAGACAUCCUGGCUCGGAGGAUGCAGGAGCUGGAGCUCCGUAGCCAGCUGGGCACCUCCCCCACCUGGAUGUCUAUGUUUGAGGAGAACAACCCCAAAAGCGCUGGCCGCCCCCGUCCCUGUACUUCUCGCCUUUCCGGCCACAGCCCCUGCACCCCUCACCGACUGCCUCGGAGCCCUGCGAGCCCUCACCGCUGCCCUCAGCUGAGUCUGCUGUCCUCCGACGCAAGCCUGACGUCAGACAGUGACAGCCACUGCAGCACCAGCCCCUGCUCUCACCGCCACGGCUGGCCUGAGCCUUCGUCAAACUUCUCUCUCUUGUCGUCCUCCCCCUCCCGCCUGAGGCCACGCACUCUGUCCCUGGAUGCUAAGCUCAGCACCCUUCGAGGGAGGGGGUACGGUGGAGGAGGGACCCUCCAGUGCCCCUGCCAGCCUCCUCCCUCCUCGCUGCUCGCCCCGCUCCCCAUCCCCUCUCGUUCGCCUCGUUCACAGCGCAGCACGCAGACCACGCUCUCCUGCUCCAGCUCCACCUCCAGCAACAGCUCCAGCAACAGCGAGGGCAGCCACAGCCCCGAGUCAUCUGAGGGAGCCCCCUUCUCAAGACCCUCUCCGGCUCGACGCAGCCUCAGGAACCUCAGGGCCAGACUUGAUCCUCGCAACUGGCUCCAAAGUCAGGUGUGAAUUCUCCCGCCUGACAGACAUUUACCACUGGCCUAAAGGCAACAGUUCUCAUUAAACCAUGGUUUAACUGGCUUAACAUCUGUGAACCAACCUCAGGCAGUCUGCUAGGCCACAUGCAGGGCCAUGAGGAGGAUAAGCUGCCUCUAGCCUGCCUCCUGGUGGAGGAUGGAUUGUGGAAGACCCUCCUGGGGCAAACUGGAAUGUCUUCUCACACAAAAGACUGGUGACAAUCACUGCGGCGACUCUGCACUUUGCUGGAUUGCCACAAUUUUGAAGAUUGUCCAAAACUGAAUGGGAGGUACUCUGCUUGCUUUGAGAAAUUACUAUGGUCAUGCUGCUUGGAAGAAAGUGUUGCAAAGAGUUACGGACUUGCUCCGAUAAACACACUGUCUGUACUUGGACUCUUAAUUCUGGAACAAGAAAAGGUUUUGUUUCUGGCCGCUCAAAUAAAAUCAUCUCUACUAAUGCACUAGCAGUAUUUUGACUGGAUGUGUUAUGAAUAAAGGAUUGCGGUGUUUAUGCUAUAAAAGCCAGUGAGCAUGUGGCAAGAUGAACAUGCAAGAUGAACAAGGUGUACUCAGUCAGGAGUUUUCAAACUGGUAAGUGUGGAGGGAUGGGUUAAUGUCUGUUGUCUGUACUGUGAUAUCUACUUCAGUGUACGCAUCUAAUUAUUCAUACAACAGAUGAUCGUUAUGGCUCUCCUAAAAUUACUAUGCACCAUUUCUUUUUCUUUUUUUUUCUUUUUUUUUUUGCAUGAUUUGACUCGCAGUUAAAAUGUUGAACUACUUGAGAUCAUUUCAACAAUGUUUCUGGUGAAAGCUUAACUUUAUGCAAGUGCUCAUACAUACUGUACUGGUUGUUACUGUGAUCUCUUCAGGGUAAAAAUCUGUGCUCUGGUCUUAACUUUUCACACAUUUAUCUGCACACUAAUGUCAGGAUGACUUCAGACUUAGGUAAUAGCUCCUGACAUAUAUAGAACAAACCAUAGAAUAAGCUGACACUAACCAAAGCUUAAACGGUAAUUUUGGUAUUUUUCAACCUGGUCCCUAUUUUGCCAUGUUUUUGCAUCUGAAUGACUAAUGGGAACAACGAUUUCUGAAGUUGAUCCUGUAUUGAGUGAGAGCACUGCAACCAGCAGGGGCAAAAAAGUCUGCAAUAUAACAUCAAUGUGCAAUUGUGCACCGUGAAUGUACGUCCAUGAAAGUGUUUGUUUUUGUCCACUGACAGGGUCAGAUUGUAAUGAUAAGUGCCUGACCACAUUAUGGAAAGGAUCCUACAGAGAAAGACCCUUUUUAUAGCCAAACUCAGCAGACUUCAUUUAACAGUAAUUUAUCAUGCUGAACCAUACUUUAUUUAAAGUCAAAAGAAACAAAAUAAGGCUCCCAAAAACAGAAAUCUUUGCUGUCUUCCCACUGUUUCAACAAUCACCAU